AUGAGAAUAUCAGAAGUAAAAAGUACAACACGCGAACAACGAAUCGCAUCACACACACAUAUCAAAGGUCUUGGACUACGUGACGAUGGUAGAGCACAUGCCCAAGCUGAUGGCUUUGUUGGGCAAGACUCUGCUAGAGAGGCAUGCGGUAUACUUGUUGACCUGAUAAAGAGCAAGAAAAUGGCUGGACGUGCAUUACUUCUUACUGGUGCCCCAGGAACAGGGAAAACCGCUAUAGCACUUGCAAUAUCUCAAGAGCUUGGCCCUAAGGUUCCUUUUUGUCCAAUGGUGGGAAGUGAAGUGUACUCUUCUGAAGUAAAAAAGACCGAGGUUCUUAUGGAAAACUUUCGGAGAGCUAUAGGUUUACGAAUAAAAGAAACAAAGGAAGUGUAUGAGGGCGAAGUGACUGAACUCACUCCGGAGGAAAUAGAAAAUCCAUUGGGUGGAUAUGGAAAAACCCUGGCCCAUGUAAUUAUCGGAUUAAAGACUGUUAAAGGCACAAAGCAACUGAAAUUGGAUCCAAGUAUCUUUGAGAGUAUACAGAAGGAACGAGUUACCGUUGGAGAUGUCAUAUACGUUGAGGCUAAUACGGGUGCAGUGAAACGCGUUGGUCGGUCAGAUGCUUACGCUACAGAAUUUGAUCUGGAAGCAGAGGAAUACGUUCCUUUACCGAAAGGUGAAGUUCACAAAAAGAAAGAAGUUGUCCAGGAUGUUUCUCUACAUGAUUUGGAUAUUGCGAAUGCACGACCUCAAGGAGGGCAAGAUAUAAUGUCAAUGAUGGGUCAAUUAAUGAAACCGAAAAAGACCGAAAUUACUGAUAAGCUUCGAAAAGAAAUCAAUAAAGUUGUCAAUAAGUAUAUCGAUCAGGGUAUAGCGGAAUUAGUGCCAGGAGUUUUAUUUAUUGAUGAGGUUCAUUUGCUUGAUAUUGAAUGCUUCACUUAUUUAAAUAAGGCUCUUGAAUCUCCUAUAUCACCAAUAGUUAUUUUUGCAACAAAUCGUGGCAUGUGUCAAAUCAGGGGAACAGAAGAUAUUAUCGCACCUCAUGGUAUCCCUAUUGAUUUACUCGAUCGCAUUCUAAUUAUCCGGACGUUACCAUACACACAGGAGGAUAUAAAGGCGAUUGUUCAAAUACGCGCAAAGAUUGAAGGACUUACAUUAACAGAUGAUGUUUUAAAUGACAUGGCAGUGACAGGAGAAAAAACAUCUUUGCGUUACGUGAUACAACUCCUCACACCUGCAAGUAUACUUGCACGUACACAUGGUCGUGAACAAAUCCUCUUGGAAGAUAUCAAAGAAGUGGAUGAAUUAUUCUAUGAUGCUAAAGCUUCUGCUCUGACACUUACCAAAUAUCAUUCGAGCUAUGUCCCAUGA